ACACGCUCGAUGCAUAUCAGUGUGUUGUCAGCUGACCAUGAGUACGGUAGUCACUAAACAUGCUAAAUAGUGCCAGUGGUUGAUAAAUUCUGCAAAAAGAAGACCCGAAAAGUGGUUGUCCUUUGCAUAAAAAAUUUCCCGUAAGCCAGCAAAGUGUCCGGGACACUGUGUUGCAUGAUCAUGCCGUUACCUGGGGAAGAUGAAGGAUUCAGCACGGGCGGCCAAAUCGACGCCAUGGUGAUGGCCAUGAUUGAUACAGCUUACGACAAGAAUAUGGGCGUGCGGACCAUCAUUGCCACGUCGCUGGUCAACAUCGGCAAGAAGAAGCCGGGAUUGGUGCUGCAUUCAUGCCACAACUACCUGCGGAAACACAGCAAGCUCCAGAGGGACCAUCGAGUGGUGAUCCUGCAGACCAUGGAGCGCAUCUUGAAGGAGACCCUGGACAGAGUACCGCUGCCUCUCAUCCCAGACCUGGUCAAGCUGGCGUCGGAUGAACUCACUGCUACCAAGGAUACCAUCGAGAAACUGGCAAUGUUAUGGAAAGACAAAGCAACAAAGAAUUUGGGGGAAGUUCAGCCGGAAUGGCAGACCGCAGCCAGCGGGGUCCUGGUGGCUCUCGGUCACAAGUACUGCAAUGAGGUCAUGGAGGAACUGGUCCGCAAGUUCCAACCGGGGACCCUGCCGCACUUCUUUGUUGUCCAGACAAUGGCGAACCUGGCCACGGCAAACAGUUUUGGCUUCGUUCCAUUUCUCACAGCCACCCUAGGAACCCUGCUGCCAAUGCUGGGCAUGGCCAAACAGGAUAACAUGAAGUGGGUCUGUGUGCACGCACUGGCUCGAUUCAGUGAGAGUAUCGAAGACUACGUGGCCAACAUUGAGAAUGCACCCGACUCCACCAUCAACAAGGCAACCUAUUCCACGCAGAUCUUCACUGCCUUUGACCACAUUUUCAACGCUUGGCAACAGUCAAAAGAAGCCAAGCUUCGUUUGAUGGUUGUGGAGGCGUUGGGCCACAUGUCCAAGAUCAUCCUACAGGAGCGUUUAGAGGAGCAGGUCCCUAAAUUGAUUCCCACCAUCCUGAACAUGUACAAGAAACAUCCAGAGCCAUUCUUCAUAACUCAGGGUUUGUGUAUGAUUCUUGAGUCGGCCGUUGCUAAUGGCAGCACCAUGCUUGAGGCUCAGCUGGAGACGAUACUGAACACACUACAUGCCCAGGUGUGCGUCCCACCUGAUUUCAACCACCCCUUGACGAUGAAGAAUCACAACGAGGUGCUUCGCUGCUUUGCCGUGGUCGCUCGCUCCUUCUCAGAUCGAGUUGUCGCCUACCUCCUGCAGAAACUAGAAGGCAACGAAAGGAUCCGCAUCGGCACACUAGGAGUCUUCAAGCAACUCAUUAACUCUAAUGGACCUCAUAUGGACAACAAAAAGUCUCUGGUGCUGUCAGGACUGAGGAUCAUAUUAGCAGAUCAGAGCAACAAGGUGAAGAAGAUCUUUGCCCAGGUAGUGAUUGCGAUGGCCCACCAUGGCUACCUAGAAUUGGAGGGCGGUAACCUCAUGAUAGAGUUUGUUGUCAAGCAGUGUGCGCUGCAGCCCAAUGACGUCGUGCAAACCAGCAAAAAAGAAAAAGUUGAUCCCGAUCCAGUCAACAGUGCUGCAUUGCGAGCCAUGUGUGAUAACGUCAUACACCUCAUUACAACCACCGUCGUCGACAUGGAAUCGGUUUUGUGGCCCUUCCUGUUAGAGUUCAUAGUUCAGCCCCAGUACACCGACGCCAUGGGUACGCUGUGCCAGAGCCUCGCGUUCAUCGGAGCCAAGAAACGCGACGAAGAAACGGACGACUACAAGCUGCUGUACGAAGAACUGAGCAGCCUGCCCAAACCCAACAUUCUCGUGGCUAGGCUAAUGGUCAUGGCUGGUCGACCAGACAACGGACGCAAGCGGGGUAUCCACGUCCUGAAGCUGAUGUUAGCGAUGUCGCCAAACAUUCACGACGCAGUGGUGGACAUGUGGGAUGCUGUCAUACCCAAACUCAUUCAGUACAUAGAAGAAAAUCUCGAUGACGAAGACAAGUGGAGCCAGAAAUCCUGGGAAGAUUUGCUCCUGAAGUUGCUGUCUAAGACUCUGGAUGUCGUUGAGGAGGAGGAGUGGCAUUGUGAUAUCGGAGCAGCCCUUGGAGAUCACAUCCCUUUGUACCAAGAGAUGCCUGAGGAAAAGAACUUCUUGUACAAGUGUCUUGGUGUAGUGAUGAGAAAAGUGAAAAACACGCAGUUUGUGCAGAAACAUCUGGACAUCAUGUUCUCAUCGGUCCGUCACAACAACCACUUGGAGAGAGAAGGUUGUGCCUAUGGUCUAGGAUUCUGCGCCUCGUCCCACCUGGACAUUGCGCUGGCCAAACUGGAGAGCGUGACCAAAAUGGACAUGGCCCGCAAGUCCACCGGUUUCUUCGGACUGGUCAAGAGCCAGGGAUUGUUCUCAGAUAAAACUGAAGCGGACGUGGAGAGAAUCAAGAGCACCGUCAUGCUUUGCUAUGGCUACCUGACACUGUUUGCUCCCAGCGACAUCAUAGCGUCUCGAGUGGAGGCUAACAUCCUGAGGAACAUCAACCCGCACUUUGCACAUGUCAAGGACACGGCAGUCAAGCAGAACCUCAUCCGAGCGGUAGACCUGAUCGGCAAGGCCCUCCACCCAGACCAUCUCAAGCGUAACUACUCCUUCAGUAAGAAGACGGAGCUACUGAACCACAUGUUGAGUUACAUGAAGACAGAGAGUACUAAGGAGUUACAUAACGAGACCAGGAGCCUUGCCAUGCAGUCCUGUGCUACCUUAGUUAAACUGGAGCCCCACCUGAACGACGCUGACACCUUCGACCUGAUCAAGGUCAGCGUGGAGUGCAUGUUCAAGUUACCGGUGGGGCUGCUGGUACCCGGCAAGGGCAAGGAAGAAGUGAAGGAAGAGCAGGUGCGACAGAACGAAUCCCUGGUCAAGACGUCGUUCAGCAGUCUGCAUGAUCUGCUGUCGGAGAUCCUACGCAAGGACCUGACCCCGCAGGGAUUCCUGAAUGUCUUCAAGCAUCUAGAGCCAUGGAUGGUGUCGGUGCAGGAUCAUGAGAGGCAACGAUCGGUCACCGCGACGCUCAUCUUGCUGAAAUUCUACCUGAAUAAUGUGACAGACAUGAGCGCAGGUAGCGGAUCGUUUACCAACAUGGGGACGUUGAUCGGUCGACUGGUACCCCGCUGUUCGGACCCGGACCUCACCGUGAGAGAGAACACCGUGCAAGCCAUUCAGAUUAUCCUCCGCAUCGAUCUGUUAUAUCAAGGCAAGACUGCAUCAUUCCAGGAUCCGGUUAUUGAAGCACUGACUGUAAUCAGGGAAAGAGCCGCACAGACUGACCCUAAUGUACUCUACAGCCUAGUCAAUGACCUCUCCAAGGCCCUUGCCAAGAAAAUCCCCUCAGAGCAGCUCAAACCUUUCAUCUAUAUGCUGAUAGAGGGCCUCCUUGAUGUCCAAUCCCAUUGCUCUAGCGGUGCUUGCGUCGUCCUCAACACCAUGCUCAAGACUAGAGGCACGGAGCUUGUAGUUGACGUGGAUGAAAUGAUCGGUGCUAUUCAUUUCAAGCUGAUUAACAUUAGUUACCAGCAGACGCGUACUGGUACCCUGCGAGCCGUCCGUACACUGGCGUCCAACCACCUCUCCAACGUCGUGGAUACUCUGCUGAAAUAUCCCCUGCCCUAUGAUGCGCACAUACAAGACUGCUGGAAGUCAUUGGCCAGCGAUCCCGUCAUACUCAAGCAUCUGUUCGACAGCUUCAUGGAUACACUGACGAGGAACGUCCACUACGAAGAAAAGAUCGACCAUAAGACUAAGAAGACCAUCUCAAAGACGGCAAACGUCUCUCCCCUGACGAUCGUCCAUGCCUUGAUUGAGAUCCUUGCAGUGGAAGAGACAGAGGCUUCCCUGCGUGACCAGUUUCACCGCAUCUUUGCCACCUUGCUGAUCUACGUGGGCUCCUGCGUGGGGGUCAGGCCCCCCAACCCACCGGAGUCAGUCACGAAGGACGGAGCAAGCGGGAAAGACAAGAAAGCCAUGACCAAGGCCUACGCUGCCAUCAAGCCUUCCGUGGUUGCCGUGAAUGCUCUGAAGGCCCUGAUCCUCCGAGGUCAGGGGUCAGAGUUGAUCCAGUUCUUGGAGAGCGAGGGGGUAUGGGACAUGCUACAGGACACCGACAAGUACCAGGAUGGGGUCUCCAUCCUGGCUCAGGGCAUGGCCAAGCACAUGACAGGCUACAUCUCCAAGAUAGUCUCCUGUCUGAUCCCAACGCUAGCCAGUCUGUAUGAGCCUCAGAGGGUCGUGACUGCAGCUUUCUUAGCCGAAUUGGUGAACCAGAAAUGCGCCGGGGACAUGCAGUUGGUGGAGGACAUCAUGAAUAACUUGCUGGGUCGGAUGGUGGACUCGUGCCACGUCGUGCGCAUGCUGUGCAUCCGGGGUAUGGGCAACGUUGCCAGCCUGGGACCGCAACAGACCCAGAAGUAUUGCACCACGGUGCUGUCGGCCAUGAUGGCCGGAAUGGACGACAAGGAAGACACGGACGAUCAGAUUCUCCUGGAGUCUAUGACGGGCCUGUCUCGUAUCCUGGUCAAGAUUGACGAGUCCAACAUCAGACCCAUCCUGGUUAACAUUGCACUCAGGAUCAGGCCCUGCUUUGAAAAGGAUCGAGCCACGGUCAGAGCGGUGUCCUUCACUCUCUUCGGUAACCUGAGUCGGUUUGGGGACGGACCCUCCAAGCCCCCCUUCCUGGAGCAGAUCCACACCAACUUUGUCAGCCUCCUACUCCACCUCAACGACGAAGAUGAAGACGUCAAGAAAGCUUGUAAGUUUACGCUGAGAGAGGUCGGCCCCCUCAUCGGCUCGGAGUCCCUCAACAAGAUGUUUCAGAAGCACCUGCUGGACGAGGGAUCGCUGAACUACGGCGAGUUUAUGUUCAAUCUCUCCAAAGUCAUAAUUUCGGACUUCCUCCAGAAAGUCAACUUCUAUGUGAUGGCCAACGUGGGUUUCUUCAAGAGCUCGUGGCCGGACAUCCGGGGCAACGCGGCCAUGUUUGUGGGUUUCCUCCUGGGGAACUUGCCCGAGGCUAGCCACACACUCAUCACCAAGGAGCACGUCUGUGGGGCUCUUAUCCUACUGUUGAAGGAUCCGGACGCAGCAGUGAGGAUAAAAGCCUCCGAAGCCAUGAGCUUACUCCCCGAGUACUAAUCAGUGACCUUUGAACUCUGACCUGUCUGGCAGAGGUCAGAUUGUAAAUCAUGUGGUACUUGUUGACUCACUCCCUGAAUAUGCUUAUUAAUGACCUUUGAACUCUGACCUGUCUGGCAGAGGUCAGAUUGUCAAUCACGUGGUACUUGUUGACUCGCUCCCUGAAUAUACUCAUUAAUGACCUUUGAACUCUGACCUGCCUGGCAAAGGUCAGAUUGUCAAUCACGUGGUACUUGUUGACUCACUCCCUGAAUAUACUCAUUAAUGACCUUUGAACUCUGACCUGCCUGGCAAAGGUCAGAUUGUCAAUCAUGUGGUACUUGUUGACUCGCUCCCUGAAUAUACUCAUUAAUGACCUUUGAACUCUGACCUGCCUGGCAAAGGUCAGAUUUUCAAUCAUGUGUAAUCUGUUGGCUUACUCCCAGAGUACAAAUUUAUGACCUUUGAACUCUGACCUAGCUGGCAAAGCUCCGAUUGUCAUCACAUGUAAUCUGUCGGCUUACUCACAGAGUACAAAUUUAUGACCUUUGAACUCUGACCUGGCUGGCAAAGGUCAGACGGUCAAUCGUGCCCAACUGGUCAAAUCUGUCUUGUGAUCGCACAUAUCUGCAGGGAUGUGUUAGGGUUUAUGACCCAUGGUAAAGAUUCAUUCAUCAUUUCUAAGUUUAUUUAGUUGUCAUGGUCAUUCAAAUUAACAAUCGUCAAAUUUCUAAAUUUUGUUCAUGUACAUAGAUAUUUGGAAAAACAAUAUUUCGGGAAUUUGAAAAGAGUACUAAAUAUUAGAAACAGCAAAAAAGUAAUGAGUGAUUUUUUUGCUAUAAAGUAAUCAACAGCAAUACACUAAGCAAAAUGAGAAAAUAAUUUGGUUGAGACACGUUCAGGGGCCCAUGUGCAUGAACAAACACCCGACAAGCAAAUCUCAAAUCCACGUCACUUUGUCGACGUUCGAGGGUUCUCUCCUGGGAAGAAACGAAACGUUCAUUGGUUAAAAAAACCCUGUCAUUUAUGUGUCUUCCCCCCGAGGGGAAUCCAGUUGCAAACUAAUGGUAUCUACCUGCCGCAGUGUUGCACAGUGAACAUGUAAUCGUAGUGUUUGGUCAUUGUACGUGUGUCUGCUUUAAAAGCAAAUGUUUCUUGAACAUUUUUAAACUUAAAUACUAAAUUACGAGGGAUAAAAUUAGACAGAUUCACUUUCCUUUUUUGGGGUGGUGGGGAAGUUUUAGUUUUAUGGUUUUUGUCUCAAAAGAUGACAUCUUUCUCUUAUAUUAUAUUUUACUUCUUAAGUAUGUUAACAUUCCUAAAUCGUAUUGAAAAUCGAAGAAAUUUUUGACCGGACGUCGUAUUGGAGUACAUGUUAAACGUGAACUCUUCAAAAUGGGGAUUAAGCUAUGUUGCGUCCGGAUUACAUGGCUAUGGCUUGCAAUAAUACAUGUGGCUGUGGAAGCAAAUGAAGCCACUUCCCAUUGACACGUGUGCUACGACUAGCCGUAGCCAUGCAAUGUGGAUGCAGCCUCAGCUGCAGGGAGUUUGAUGUACUAUAGUCGGGUGUCCUCGAUGCCAAGGCCUGUGUCACAGUAGUGUAUUCCUUGGGGACAUGACUACGAUGUGUGAAUGUGCAAUCAGUGAACUUAAUGAAAAGUGAUUCCAAUAAAAAAGUUAAAAAUGUGUCUUGGUAUUAUAUAUAAAACAAGGAUUAAUGCAUAUAAAUGUUUCAGCCGUUGUGUAGUCUUUUUGGCCGUGCACAGCAAAAAAGUAACAAUAGUGAAUGCCAUGUGACUCACUCUCGGCCAAUCAAGAUGCAGAAUCUGUGGCUGAGGUGUUAUAAUGCACAAUAUUCCUUAGUUCCUUGUUCAAUAUGACACCAGUCAACAUUUGAAAAUAUUACACAGAAUAUGUUUGAUUUUUAAAUGCGGUGGUGAAAAAUAUAUAUUCCAUUUGUUAAAAGAAGAUAUACCUUUUUGGGAUAGAGAAUUUCUAAAUUUUGUUGUACUAAAUUAAAGAUACACAACAUGGAAUAAACGAUAACAAAUUAUUUUGCUUUUGCCGAACAUGGGAACAUAAAACACUUCAAAUUUUAAUAUUUUAUAAUUUGACAAUUGUGUUUAUGACAAACAAUAUAAUACAGUUGUUUUGCUCAACAUUAUGCAAAUAUAUGAUAUCUCAAUUAUAUCGUAGAACGUUAAAAGAAAUUUGAUUUUAUAACUUGCAUAAUAAGCGAUAAGCAAUCUAUGAAAUUAUGUAAAAAUGAUUAAAACAUUCUGAUGAGAAUUCAACUUGUUUUGAUUUUGACAAAGCAGCUUUGUAAUUAAAAAUAGAAGAGGUGGCAUUAUGUGGCAUUUGAUCAUGUUUAUAACUUCUUCAGUUAGAAAACUAUAAGUGGUGGGCAGCCGUGUUAGGCAGAAUCAAAUGG